GGGACGGGGUUUCGGGGACGGAGCGGGCGCUGCUGCCGCUGUGUGAGCGUCUUCGGCGCCUUCGGUUUAAUUUAUUUUUGGAAAUCAAGUUCAAUAUUAAAAAGAAAGAGCACACAUUAUUGGAAGCCAUUUCUACUAAUUCGUUACAUUUUAACUUAUGAUUUGAUUUGAAUACUGUCAUGGGAGGAGCUGUGAGUGCUGGGGAAGAUAAUGAUGACUUAAUUGAUAACCUUAAAGAAGCUCAGUACAUCCGAACUGAAAGAGUAGAGCAAGCCUUCAGAGCCAUUGACCGCGGAGAUUACUAUCUGGAAGGCUACAGAGACAAUGCUUACAAAGACUUAGCCUGGAAGCACGGGAACAUACACUUGUCAGCACCUUGCAUUUAUUCUGAAGUUAUGGAAGCUUUGAAACUUCAACCAGGAUUAUCUUUUCUUAACCUGGGAAGUGGAACCGGAUAUUUAAGUACAAUGGUGGGCUUAAUUUUAGGUCCUUUUGGAAUAAAUCAUGGGAUUGAACUACAUUCAGAUGUGGUGGAGUAUGCCAAGGAAAAACUGGAGAGCUUCAUCAAAAAUAGUGAUAGCUUUGAUAAAUUUGAAUUCUGUGAACCCGCAUUUGUGGUGGGUAAUUGCCUUCAGAUAGCUUCUGACAGCCAUCAGUAUGAUCGAAUUUACUGUGGUGCUGGAGUCCAGAAAGACCACGAAAACUACAUGAAGAUCUUACUCAAAGUUGGGGGCAUAUUGGUCAUGCCUAUAGAGGAUCAGUUGACACAGAUUAUGCGGACUGGACAGAACACUUGGGAAAGUAAAAAUAUCCUUGCGGUUUCCUUUGCACCACUAGUACAGCCUAGUAAGAAUGAUAAUGGCACGCCGGACUCUGUGGGGCUCCCCCCAUGUGCUGUCAGGAAUCUCCAAGACUUGGCUCGUAUUUACAUUCGACGUACACUUAGAAACUUCAUAAAUGAUGAAAUGCAGGCCAAGGGGAUUCCACAAAGGGCUCCACCCAAGAGGAAAAGAAAGAGAGUUAAACAGAGAAUUAAUACUUACGUAUUUGUGGGUAAUCAGCUUAUCCCUCAGCCUCUAGACAGUGAAGAGGAUGAAAAAAUGGAAGAAGAGAGCAAAGAAGAAGAGGAGAAAGAUCACAGUGAAGCCGUGAAGCGUGAGGAGCCACCCCACAACCUACUGAGGGAGAAGAUAAUGAAGCUGCCACUCCCAGAGUCUUUAAAGGCUUACUUGACAUAUUUUCGAGACAAAUAACUUAAACAAGGAAGAAUGCCUACUGAUAAACUCCCUUACUCUUGUAAAUGUAAUAUUAAUUAGGAGUUAGAGAAUUACUUCAUUAGAAUGAAUUAUUGCAGAAAAAAGCCUAAGUUAUUUCUCUUAAUAACAGAAAUGAUGUAUUCAGUGAUUUGAAAGAGUCUCUUUCCUAAAAGUCUAUUUUUCUUAAAUCUUGAAGAAUUACUGUUUUGAUCUCAAAGUGGAAUGGGUCAUUGGUAAGAACUUUGUAUACAGUACUCUCUUUCUGGUUCUUCAUGGAUUUGUAGUAUUGGCGAUUGAAUUUCAUUCUAUAAGAGGUUGAUACAUUGUCACAUAUAUAGGCUUAUUUAAAUUGCAGUUUGCAUUUCUGUUAUUCGAGCUUGCUUAUCUAAUAAGGAAAGCAAAUGCUUGUAGACCUACUUACCUUACUUUUGUUCUAGACAUAUUCCGGGCAACAUAUGAGUGCAAUACUAAUUCAAGAUACUGAAUAAUUUAGCUUUAAAAACCACAGACUUCAUGAAAUUUUACAGACCUGAAACUUAAGCUUUUGAAUCUAUUGCCAAAAGGCAUGGGGAAAUUUUUUGCUUCUCUCAUAGAGAUUUUAAGAGCACAGCUAGUGAAUGUUAAAGUAGGAAGUGGCUACUUGACACAACUAGUUUGUAUGGGCCCUUUGUGUUCUCAGUAUUUAAAGAUAAUGAGGUUAUCUUAACUGUAGAAUUUUAAGCGGUAGUAUAUUUAGGAUUGCUUUUCUAUAAAUAACUAUAAAGUAUUAGAUAUGAAAAGGCAUUCACUGUCCCAUUUGCCUCUAAAUGCAGACAGUGAGUAAGUCACAUUAAGUGACCACCACUUCUUAGGGACCUCCAGCAGCAGGGGGAAUUUUAUGGUCAGUUGAGGCAUUUUAGCAGUGGAACUUUUCAUUGAGUAGAUAUUUAUCUUUGACAAGGUAGGCCACACUGGUCUCAUCUUCUCUGAAUCUUUCUAAUAUAAAUAGUCAUGGAAGUUGUACGUAGAUGCGUUUGUAUUAAAAUUUGCUUCAGAAUCAGAGUGGGAUCUCUGGGACCCAUACCAAGCUCAUUUGCCUUCAUUCUGUAUUUUGUUUCUUUGAUAAAAUGAUAAUGAUUUUCACUUUUUGCUUAAUACUACAUUCUUAAGCUACAUAGGGUAUCAGUGAUACAACAGGCAGUGCAUGUAAUUACUAGUUCUUUCUUCCUGGUAGGGCCUGCACGGUUAUUCCCUGUUAAGAAGCUGUGGGAUGUGACCUACUUACUGCUUACCAUCACACGGAAGGGAAGAUUUCAAGUAUCUCACUUAUUCCCACCACAUCACNAUCAGAGCAGCCUCUCAGAUUUACAUAAGGAAAUACAAUCAUGAUGAUUCAAAUAGUUUAUAACUCAGGUUCAAUAAUUCUGUGUAGGCGAUCAGUUAA